GCGGAGGAAAGCGGAAGCGCGGCGCCCGCGGUGGGCACUGCGCGUGCGCGAGCCCCGAGGGGGCGGGGUCACGUGGCCCGGGGUCCUGGGCCGGGAUGGCUGCGCGCACAGAGAUCAGCACCCUCAUCUAAGGCCAAAAACCAAACAGAACGAAAGCUUUCUGGGAUUAGCUGAAUACAGUUAUUAAAAGCAAAUAUGGAAAGUGAAUCAGACCAUGAAAAUUUGGACCAGAGCUUCGGUGCCAAGACUGCUGAAGAAGAACUGAAUAAAUCUUUCAAUCUAGAAGCUUCGCUUUCGAAAUUCUCUUACAUAGAUCUGGACAAGGAACUGGAGUUCAAAAAUGACCUGAUUGAUGACAAGGAGUUUGAUAUCCCUCAAGUUGACACACCCCCAACACUAGAGAGCAUACUGAAUGAGACUGAUGAUGAAGAGGAGUCCUUUGUUCUCGAGGAUCCUACAUUGUUGAACAUAGAUACUAUUGAUUCUCACUCCUAUGAUACUUCGUCGGUGGCAAGCUCAGAUAGCGGUGACAGGGCCAACCUAAAAAGGAAGAAGAAAUUACCUGAUUCUUUUUCACUCCAUGGAUCAGUUAUGCGACAUUCACUUUUGAAGGGAAUUUCUGCCCAGAUAGUGUCUGCAGCUGACAAAGUAGAUGCUGGCUUGCCUACAGCAAUUGCCGUGUCCAGUCUGAUAGCAGUGGGUACAUCUCAUGGAUUGGCCUUAAUAUUUGAUCAGAACCAAGCCUUGCGACUGUGUCUGGGGAGCACAAGUGUUGGAGGUCAGUAUGGUGCCAUCUCUGCCCUCAGCAUCAACAAUGACUGCUCGAGACUUCUCUGUGGCUUUGCCAAAGGACAGAUCACGAUGUGGGAUUUGGCCAGUGGAAAGCUUCUAAGAUCAAUAACAGAUGCUCAUCCUCCAGGAACUGCAAUUCUGCAUAUUAAGUUUACAGAUGACCCAACCCUUGCCAUCUGCAACGACAGUGGAGGAUCUGUCUUCGAAUUGACGUUUAAGAGAGUGAUGGGUGUGAGGACAUGUGAGUCCAGGUGUCUGUUCAGUGGUUCCAAGGGCGAGGUGUGCUGCAUCGAGCCUCUCCACUCCAAGCCUGAGCUGAAAGACCAUCCCAUCACACAGUUCUCCUUACUGGCCAUGGCUUCCUUGACCAAGAUACUGGUGAUUGGAUUGAAACCAUCCUUGAAAGUGUGGAUGACUUUCCCCUACGGACGGAUGGACCCUUCCAGCGUCCCCCUGCUCGCCUGGCAUUUUGUGGCCGUGAAUAAUUAUGUGAACCCCAUGCUUGCCUUCUGCAGAGGAGACGUCGUCCACUUUCUGUUGGUUAAGAGAGAUGAAUCGGGAGCAAUACACGUUACUAAGCAAAAGCAUCUCCACCUGUACUACGACCUCAUCAACUUUACUUGGAUAAACUCACGCACACUUGUGCUCUUGGACAGCGUGGAGAAGUUGCACGUGAUUGAUCGGCAAACUCAAGAGGAAUUGGAAACUGUGGAGAUCUCAGAAGUGCAGCUGGUCUACAAUAGCAGCCAUUUCAAGUCACUCGCCACUGGAGGAAAUGUCAGCCAGGCCCUGGCUCUGGUUGGAGAGAAGGCUUGUUAUCAAUCCAUCAGCAGCUAUGGUGGCCAGAUCUUUUAUUUGGGGACAAAAUCUGUGUACGUGAUGGUGCUCAGGAGCUGGAGAGAGAGAGUGGAUCAUCUCCUGAAGCAAGAUUGUUUCACGGAAGCGCUGGCUCUCGCCUGGUCUUUCCAUGAAGGGAAAGCGAAGGCAGUCGUAGGAUUAUCCGGGGAUGCCGGCAAGCGGAGGGCUGUGGUUGCCGAUCGGAUGGUAGAAAUCUUAUUCCACUAUGCGGACCGAGCUCUGAAGAAGUGCCCAGACCAGGGCAAGAUCCAGGUGAUGGAGCAGCACUUCCAGGACAUGGUGCCCGCCAUCGUGGAUUACUGCCUUCUUCUACAGCGAAAGGACCUUUUAUUUAGUCAGAUGUAUGACAAAUUAAGUGAGAAUUCCGUGGCCAAAGGAGUGUUUUUGGAGUGCCUGGAGCCAUAUAUUUUGAGCGACAAAUUGGUAGGAAUCACCCCGCAGGUAAUGAAAGAUCUGAUCGUCCAUUUCCAAGAUAAGAAGUUGAUGGAAAACGUGGAGGCCCUCAUUGUGCACAUGGACAUCACCAGCCUGGAUAUCCAGCAGGUGGUUCUAAUGUGUUGGGAAAACCAUCUAUAUGAUGCUAUGAUCUACGUCUAUAAUAGAGGCAUGAAUGAAUUUAUUAGUCCAAUGGAGAAACUUUUCAGAGUCAUUGCACCUCCUCUGAAUGCGGGAAAGACAUUAACAGAUGAGCAAGUUGUUAUGGGCAACAAACUUCUUGUCUAUAUCAGCUGCUGCCUAGCAGGCCGUGCCUAUCCUCUCGGUGACAUCCCAGAAGAUCUUGUCCCCUUGGUUAAAAACCAGGUUUUUGAAUUUCUAAUUCGCUUGCAUUCAGCAGAAGCCUCUCCCGAAGAAGAAAUCUAUCCCUAUGUUCGAACCUUGCUACAUUUUGAUACAAGAGAAUUUCUAAAUGUUUUGGCACUGACUUUUGAAGAUUUCAAAAAUGACAAGCAAGCUGUAGAAUAUCAACAACGCAUUGUGGAUAUUUUGUUGAAGGUUAUGGUGGAGAAUUCAGAUUUCACUCCUUCACAAGUAGGAUGUCUCUUUACGUUUCUUGCCCGGCAGCUUGCAAAGCCUGACAAUACCUUGUUUGUAAACAGAACCCUUUUUGAUCAGGUUCUUGAAUUCCUCUGCAGUCCUGAUGACGACUCUCGGCACUCUGAAAGGCAGCAGGUCCUUUUAGAAUUGCUGCAUGCUGGAGGCAUAGUUCAAUUUGAAGAGAACCGACUCAUUCGCAUGGCAGAAAAAGCAGAGUUCUAUCAGAUUUGUGAAUUUAUGUAUGAACGAGAACACCAAUAUGACAAAAUUAUUGAUUGUUACUUACGUGACCCACUGAGAGAGGAAGAAGUCUUUAACUACAUUCACAAUAUCUUAUCCAUUCCUGGACACAGUGCAGAGGAGAAGCAGGCUGUGUGGCAGAAAGCCAUGGAUCACAUUGAGGAACUCGUGUCCCUGAAGCCUUGUAAAGCUGCAGAGCUGGUUGCUACCCACUUUUCUGGAGAGAUUGAAGUGGUCAUUAAAAAGCUUCAGAACCAGGUUUUGCUUUUCAAGUUUUUGAGAAGUCUUCUGGACCCAAGGGAAGGUAUUCACAUAAAUCAAGAAUCACUGCAGAUAUCUCCCUGCAUUACAGAGCAGUUCAUUGAGCUGCUGUGUCAGUUUAACCCCAGCCAAGUUAUCGACACUCUGCAAGUCCUGGAGGGCUACCGGCUCGAAGAGACGAUUCAGAUUACUCAGAAGCAUGAACUUCAUGAAGUCACUGCCUAUCUAUUAGAAAAGAAAGGAGAUGUCCAUGGUGCCUUCUUAAUAAUGCUAAAGAAAUUGCAAAGCAAACUUCUGGAGAUAACACAUCAAGAGGAAAAUACCAAAGUGGACCCUUCACUGAAGGACGUUGAAGAGACCAUGGUGGAGACAAUCGGCCUUUGCCAGAGAAAUUCCCAUCAUUUGAACCAGCAGCAGCGAGAGGCACUCUGGUUCCCGCUGUUGGAGGCGAUGAUGGCCCCGCAGAAGCUGUCCAGUUCGGCGGCCCCUCAUCCACACUCUGAAGCCCUGAAGUCUUUGACGAUGCAAGUUCUCAACAGCAUGGCCACUUUCAUUGCCCUUCCGUCCAUCUUGCAGAGAAUCCUACAGGAUCCGGUUUAUGGAAAAGGAAAACUUGGAGAAAUCCAAGGACUUAUUCUGGGAAUGUUGGAUACCUUUAACUACGAACAGACCCUGUUGGAAACCACUACUAGCCUUCUAAACCAAGAUCUCCACUGGUCACUGUGUAACCUCCGAGCUUCGGUCACCCGAGGACUGAACCCGAAGCAGGAUUAUUGUUCUAUAUGCUUGCAGCAGUACAAGAGACGCCAAGAAAUGGCUGAUGAAAUCAUUGUCUUUAGCUGUGGCCAUUUGUAUCACUCCUUCUGCCUGCAGAACAAAGAGUGCAUGGUCGAGACGGAGGGGCAGACAAGGUGGACGUGUUACAAAUGCAGCUCAAGUAACAAAGUGGGGAAAUUAAACGAAACGUCCUCGGAGAUUAAGAAGGGAAGAAUAACUCCAUCAGAGGUAAAAACGUCUCCGUCCUUCCAUCCAUCUAAAAGGGACCCUGCUGCUGAGAAGACGCCUUCUGAACCAGUCCUGGACCCGCAGCAAAUCCAAGCCUUCGAUCAGCUUUGCCGGCUCUACCGUGGGAGCUCCCGGCUGGCGCUCCUCACCGAGCUCGCGCAGAACCGUGGCGGCGAGGGCUGCAGGCCCUUCAGCGGCUCCCCGAGCAACGCCUUCAACAGCAUCUUCCAGAACGAGAACUUCCAGCUUCAGCUCGUGCCCCCGCCCGUGACUGAGGACUAAGAGCCCAGCCAGCAGCUCCCCAGGUCCACAGCAGAGGGCCAGGGGGCCUGGCCCCACCCCUGCUGCCCUAGCCCGCUCCCUGCUGCCUGCACCUCCAUCAGCUUUUCAGAAGAGACGAUUGUUUGGGUCUGUUGGGACCUUUUCUGUUUCCCCGGAAGCCCAGCGAGUAAACGGAGUCACAGACUGGCACACAGACACCUCCAGUGGGGCAGCAUGAGGCCCCUCGACCUCUGCGCGCUGAGUGGAGGGGGGGGCGGGACAGGGAGGGGAUGCUGGGGGGCCCCCCGACUCUGGCCCAGACUGUGAAUCCCGCCCAGCGUGGGACUGCCCUUCCUGAGAAUAAACGCCUCUGUCACAGG